GGUGAAUGGAGCAGACUGCAGGCGAAAGCCCAGGACUAUCUUAUUGUUCAGGGAGAAUCCAGCAGGCCCAGUCACACCUGGAUGGCCUGGGCUUUCUUUCUCCAGGAGGGCACACCUUGCCCAUCGGCACCCUGUGAAGCCAGCCCUCUGAGAAGCCACGGCUUUGCUCCGACAAGCCUCUCCCCCGCUCUUCUGCAGAGCAGGGAGGCCAGAGGGGAGCCCGUCUUGAACCCCCAAAGCGGAGAGAGGGCCGGAGGCAGCCGGGGCUCAACCACCCCUCUUCGGGACAACCCAAACAAUCUCAACCUCCCGCCAGCCUUCGGCCUGCUCCCCUGGAGGAGCUGCCCCGGUCUGGGUCGCCUGGCAGAGGCGGAAGGACACCGGCUGCCGGCAGAGCCCGGCGGGAGGACCGAUUCUCUGGAGAGCUUCAAAUGUCUGGACUGCCACAAGCCCUACAGCACUUUCUCCAGCCUGGCCCGGCACCAGCAGCAGCGGUGCAAGCUGCAAGCCACAGCGACAACAAAGCUCUUCAGCUGCAAAUACUGCGACAAGGAGUACACCAGCUUGGGGGCCCUCAAGAUGCACAUCCGAACCCACACGCUACCCUGCGUGUGCAAGAUUUGCAGCAAAGCCUUUUCCCGGCCUUGGUUGCUCCAGGGACACAUCCGGACACACACAGGUGAAAAGCCCUAUUCCUGCUCCCACUGCAGCCGGGCCUUUGCGGACCGCUCCAACCUCCGAGCCCACCUGCAGACCCACUCAGAGAUCAAAAGGUAUCAGUGCUGCGCCUGCUUAAAGACCUUCUCCCGGAUGUCCCUGCUUUUGAGGCACAAGGAGGCUGCGUCCUGCGCUCCAGCAUCCUGAGGCCGGGCAGGGAGAGUCUGUCAGCAGUCUGGAGGCUGGGUGGCGUCCUGCAGCAGGAGUCUGACCGCACGCACCCACGUUCCCAAGAAGCGUGGUUUGACCAUGGUGGGAUCUAGGUACCUCUCUGUUUUUAAAAAGAGGAAAAGUGCCCCACUCUUUUACUUUUGUGCAAUAAAGCAGCAAAAGGAGUUGUCUCUUA